AUGUCCGAUCCUAUACCUAUACCAGCUUCAAAAUCAGAGCCUGCGCUUAAUCCUCUCGGUCUCUCUCCAGAGAUAUCUCGACCACCAGCUGCAGCGUCUCUAGCAGGAUCUUCACCCCCAGAUAACAGUCCGACUCUCACCCCGCAAUUAUCGCGCCAUGGGUCCUUCUCAGGAAGUAGUUCAUAUCAAGAGGACUGGGAGGCAUUCCCUCCCUUGGAAAGACUGACAGUCUUCGACCUCUUGGACAAUUUCGCCCUUCCCCAACAACUGGAAAAGCUACAGAGAAAUAUAUCAGCACAAACCAAUAAGGUCAAAAGGCAGAGGGAGGUUCUGAGAACAAGGGGCUCACAUGCGAAGGAGCGCGUAGUCGAAGAAUGGCGAAAACGAGUCCCCCUUCCGGACGAGCAGCUGGACAAAUACAGGAAGAGGAUGCGCGUCAGUGUUGACAGACUUGGAAGGCGCUGGAACGAUACCAAAGUGGUCACUGCUAGAGAAAAGGUCUCUUUCAUUUGCGGAGUCUUAAAUGUUCUGAUCAGUGGAUACUUGAUAGGGGGAUACCCCCAGUACUUUCACAUUUGGUACACGGCGCAGCUGCUAUAUCUCAUGCCAAUUCGAUACUUCACAUAUCACAAACGGGGAUACCACUACUUCCUGGCUGAUCUCUGCUACUUCGUCAACUUCCUCUGUCUCCUAUCGUUUUGGGUAUUCCCUCAGUCGAAACGCCUAUUCAUCAGCACCUUCUGCUUGGCCUUCGGGAACAAUGCUGUGGCUAUAGCAAUGUGGAGGAAUUCCUUGGUCUUCCACAGCUUCGACAAAGUCACAAGUCUGUUUAUUCACAUUAUGCCAUGCGUAACUCUACAUUGUCUCGUCCAUCUCCUGCCACCAGCAGCUCAACAGGAACGCUUCCCAGCAAUCUACGCAAUUAUAACUUCACCACCAGGAUCAAAGACUCACUACUCGCUUCUCGACAUGACUCUCUGGUCAACAAUACCCUACGCGAUAUGGCAGCUGGCUUACCACUUCUUGAUAACCGUUCGCCGCCGCGAGAAAAUCGCCGCUGGACGCCCCACCUCUUUCACCUGGCUCCGAAAAUCCUAUUCUAAAGCCUGGAUUGGAAAGGCCGUGCUUUCUCUCCCAGACAGCCUUCAAGAGCCAGCAUUCAUGUUCAUUCAAUAUUCGUACGCUGUACUUACAAUGCUGCCUUGUCCAUUUUGGUUCUGGUACCGUUACGCCUCUGCUACCUUUCUCAUGGCAGUGUUCUGCUGGUCCGUGUAUAAUGGCGCGACUUUUUACAUCGAUGUCUUUGGCAAUCGAUUUCAGAAAGAGAUGGAGGCUAUGAAGCGCGAGGUGCAAAAGUGGCAGAAUAGCCCUGAUAUGGCGACAAGCCCAUUCAUGACACCCAAGGUUGAUGCUGGGCAAGAACCAGAAGCUGUUCAUGGAGGGGCUGACUCAGAGAACCUAUCGAGCCACGCAAGGAGUAGGAGUGUGGAUAAAAUUCCUCUGCUAAAUGAUCAAAUUGGUGGCACGACUGGGCUUGAUGGGGGAGCAAAAGAUGUUGCGCGUGAGAGAAAAAUUGGUGAUUUACCAGCUUAA